AUGCCUGUAAACAAGUUCUCUGUCAACCAGACGCCUGUCAACAAGACGCCUGCAAACAAAUUCCCUGUCAACAAGAUGCAUGUAAGAAAAUUCCCUAUCAACAACAUGGCUGUAAACAAAUGCCCUGUCAACAAGAUACCUGUAAACAAGUUCCCGUCAAGAAGACACCUGUACCCCCUGAACAAGAUUCCUGUAAACACGAGCCCUGUCAACAGAAUGCCUGUAAACAAGUUCCCUGUCAACAGAAUGCCUGUAAACAAGUUUCCUGUCAGCAGAAUGCCUGUAAACAAGUUCCCAGUCAACAGAAUGCCUGUAAACAAGUGGCUGAUCAAGAAGAAUUCUGUAAACAUCUGA